AUGCAACUCAACGACGCUGAGCUGAAACUCGGUCGCCUCAUCUGGCCCUUUGUCUUGGCUACCGGCGAGAUCAAUGUUGGUCCUGGUGGUGAAUGGAACCAUCUCACCUUUGACGAGUUGAUGUCCAUCCCCGAAGAACAAGCUCCUGCCGAUGAGACCGCGGUCGCUGCGAACAACAGCAUCGAGAAGCAGAAAAAGAAGUCGGACCCCCCCAGCGGCGGUGUCGAUGCGGCUAGGCCAAAGAACAGAUUACCCAAGCUGCGUCCAUGCCUCCAUGUCGGAGAGGACAUAGUGUGGAAGACUCUCACCGGUCAUGGCGUCGACUUCAAGCGUGUGCCACUCCUCGAGUGGAAGCUCCUCAUUGUCAUCGGGUCGACCAGGGAGGAUGGAAUCCUGCAGGGCGAUUUGGUCCGGGCGACUGGGCAGGACAAGCGCUCUGUGCCCCGCCGCACGGAUUUCCUUUCUGCAAAAGGCUACAUCGCGAAGCGCACCCACAUGGUUCGGGGCUCCAAGACCAGCAAGCUCUGGCUGGCCAGGUUUGCUCCUGAGCUGCCAGCCCCUUCGAAUCCCCUACACGGCUUGGACAUGUCUCCGGAGGCGCUGACAAAGGACAUGGACCCUGUUCCCUGGGUACAUCAAUGGGUCGGUAACAAAAACAAACAAGGCCAAGAGGAGAUCGGAUACAUGUCCCUUGGCUCGACCAUGAUGGCCAUCAUCAAGGCCUGGGGCACCUUGCGGGUUGCAGACCUGAAGAAGAAGCUUGGUAUUCUCGGGCUCAGGUGGCAGAUGAAGGUCAUGUCCAGAAUGCUGCGCAGAUUCGAUGUCCAGGGUAACAUCAACUACGUUGCUGCCACAUUCGUCGGCGACAGUUUUGUCUUCAAGGACUGUGUCAAAUUCAUGCGAGACCCAACGGACGAGGAUUGGCGGAUGCUGUUGGCAACUAAGAAGAAGUCAGCGUACUCUGACGACGGAAGAGGCCGGAGGCUCCUACUGCUCAACAAAAGGAAGAAGAAAAAAGCCAAGGGUAAUAAAGGACGCAAACCAGGCAAAGUCGUGAAGCCCAAGCUUCGGGUCCUCAAGAAGAGGACGAGAAACCCGCCGAAACCCAUCAUGUCACUGUGGUGUCCCGAGAAGCCUCUGGCCAACACGAUCGCCGAAUUCGUCCUUACUGGGGGCGCCGAGGGAUACACGUCACCAGAGCUCUCCAAGGCAAUUACUGGUCACGACUUCUGCCGCUACUUCCUCAGACACCUGCAGAACAGCUGUGCACCAGGCGUCCAGCCUGCUACCCUCUCCGAGUACCAGAUGAGCAGUGAGCUGAUCCGCACGGGUAAGAUCAAGGCGUACACAUUUACUUGCGCUGGUGCGCGCAAAUCGGCACCAGCUGCAGCCCCUCAAGAAGAGUCUGUCAUCGACCCAGCACUGGCCAGCAGCAGUCGGCAUGCAGCCCAACUGGGUCUGGAUGCCGACAUCGAUGCCUUUGGAUUCGCACCAGUCAAUGCUGCCGCGUUCCAAGAGGGAAUAUCAGAUCUGGACGGCUUGGUCCGGAUAAUACCCGACAGGCCAGGUCGACAAAAGAGGCCCUACAACAGGCGACAGCAGGGCGCAGUUGCCACGGCGCAGGAAGGAGAGAUAAUAGAACCGACUGUCAAUGACCCGUACGCAGACUUGUCUGCGGAAGCAUCUCCUCCACCAGGGCCCCGUCCAAGAGGCAGACCAAGGAAGCGCAAAGAGCAGCCUGAGAACAACGGCAAAGCAGAUGUCCCGAGUGCGGCAGAUGCCUCAGGCCCAAGGCCACCGAAGAGGCGCAAGGCUGCAGAACGCGUCUCCUAUUCAGAGCUUGCUGGAGAGGAUGAAGAAGCUGAAGGGUCUGGCCCUACUGUUGCUGCUACUGGAGGAAGGGGACACAAGCGCAGAGCGAUUGAAGCGACUCAGACGACAAAGGACGCUGGAGUUGCCGAAGCAGAGCACCUGUUGAGCGAAGAGAGCGAUCAGGAGCAAGACCGGACGCGGCCUGGAGUGUACUUUGGCAAGCCUGGAUCGCUGAAUCCAGAUCCUCACAAAAAGGGACGACCGAGAAGGUCAAUUGUCUUGAUAUUUCGGUCCGAAAAAUUCAGGGACCCGAAUUUUCUACCUGCCACCGCGGGCACAUCAGCAGCCAACUCUCCAUUCGCGGACAAAUCCAAAGCCGGCGCGAAACGGGGCAAGAAGUCGAAGAAAGUCAAGCUUGACAAGUAUGUCUGCGAGAAGUGCGGCGGCGAGUGGGCAAAUGACAAUGGACUGCAAUAUCAUCUUGAGAAGGGCAGGAACUUGUGCAAUCCUUACUACGCGGAGCAUCCAGAAGAGAUGGAGAGACCAAAGCCGAACCGCGCCGGCCAGGCGUUGCUCGCUGGUCCAGAGCGAGAUCUAGAUACUGAGAGCAGCAGUCAGAGCAGCAGCCGUGGCAGCCUGAACAAACGUGUCGGAGGUCUAGGAGUGGUCCCUCGUGGUGUGCAAGCUUCAGAGGCUGUGGCGAAGGAGACUGCUGCUGCGAAGCCUGCCCACCUUGUGCAGGACGUGAGCAUCGCCGAAAAGGGCUCAGACCCGGCUGCCUCUCACCAGAACGGAGCGACGCUUACGCCAGAGGAAGAAGAAGAUGAGGAUCUGCCUUACCUUAGACAGAUCCAAACAAGGACGCCAAAGCCUUCCAGGACCCUCAAGCCAGAGGUUUUCAAGAAACAGGACAUCUUUAAGGAGAGGGAUGGCCAAGCCGGCCAUGUCGAAGUAGUGCCAGAGACUAUGGACAUAGGCUCGCCUCAGCAUGAACCUUCCCUCCUUCCCAGCGGAACACCCAAUGCCUUGGACCUGUACCCGGCCGACGUAUUGGGCCCAGCCGUGCAGACGGACCACGUCUACGACAUCAUCGAUGGAACUGCGCCAGUGAACGGUGGACCAUCAGUAUCCCCGGCGAUGACCGGGCCGGCGAUUGCCACGGCUAGGCAUUCUUUACCUGCCAGCCGUAAGAAACCUCUAGUCGAGUCUCAGAACACUCCAGCAGCGCAGAUUUUACGACAGGUCGAGGUCGACGCCGACGGUCAGCCUUUGGUUCGUAUGCCUGUGGAAGACUACACUGCUGAGGGCUAUACCGAUUCAAUUGAUAAGGCUCUCCCCCAGCGCUCUACCAGGAUUCAGGAGAUCAUCAAAUAUCUGCUCGACAUCAAUGGGGUGUUCCCGACGGAGAGGCCCUUGUUCUGGGCAGUUCUCAAGGUUUAUAUCGCAACUUUCGAGUGCCCACCUUACCCAUCCCUAUCUGGCUGCACUCGCGCAGUCACCACGCUCGCUGGCAUGGGCGUGAUCAAGCAGGCGACUGUGGCUAUUAGACCCCGUGGGCAGUGGAAGUCUUUGAAUUUUAUCAUGCAGCCUGAGAUAGAUGUUACCCAUGCGUUAUGCGUCGACUUGAAGGAAAGGACCAAGAACGCUGAUCCAGAGAUGUAUAUCCCACCCCCGUUUGACCCUACAGAGGAGGAGAAAGUCCAUUUCCAGGACCUGGAGCGACCUCCAAAACACCGCAACAAGGGCGUGGGUCGGCGAGAUCAUAAACUGGCCGAAGGAAUCGAGCAGCUCACCGCACCAUUCUACGCUGAGAAGGGAAUGGCUGGUGUGCGUCCUGGUCUCCGCGGUCGUGGCCGCAUAGAGUCUGACGAUGAAGAUGAUGAGCGAUCCAACAAGCGACGCAAAACCAGAUCGGUACAAGAUAAUGCCAUCAUUCACCGCCGCAAGCGAAAACACACUGGUACCGAUGAGGGUAUGGACUCUUCACCGGCCAAGAAAGGCAGAAGGGGACGAAAGCCGCGUGGCGACCUCGAAGAUGACUUCAUCGUUGAGCCACACAAGCUCAGCAUCAACGACAGGCAAGAGGAGAAUCCCGGCCUCUCCUCUCUGCCUGCAUCUUUCUUCUCUGGCACAUCCCUCCCCAGUACCAGUGGCUACAUCGCACCGACUGAGAUUCAGUUCCUCGAACCGAACACCCAAUUGGAGGAUGACCACAUUCCAGAGCCGGAAACGGAGGCCAAUGCUCCUUCGCCCUCGAAUGAAUCUACGUUAGAAGAGGAACCGGCUCCGGAGCCGGUAGUGGAGCCAGGAACAUACUCUAGAGCACUUGAGUUGAAAGCUCACAGCAAGGGCGUGUGGCCCUAUAUUCCUCUGGGGUGGUUUGAGAAGAAUGAGGGUAGCUUUGCCAUGAAGGGCUGGCUUCCUGGUCAAAUCGACAUGCUCAUGGAGAACCUGCCCAAGACUAUGGAACAGAUGGCCUUCAAGAUUACAAGCCACUCCAAGACGGAGAACUGGGCCGAUCCACAGUACGGCGUCUUCUGCACGAGUGUGGAUGGCUGCCGGGCGUGGGAGUUGUCUGAGCAGGGCACGCGCCAAAUGUCAGGCUCCAUCGCACCGAACUACCUGUUUAUGAAUUUCUGCUCAACAGAAGACGUGAGCAGCAUGGCGCCCAUCGAUCCACAAUGGCUUGAUGAGAACGAGUGGACGCUCGAGACCAUCCCUUAUGAGAUGCUCGAGGACGAUGACGAGGAGCCCAGCUUGAGGUUUGGUAUCAUUCCAGUGGAGCCUGUCGAGAAGCGGAAACGAGGCAGACCGCGGACCAAGCCAAGGCCACAACCACCGGUUGCACCACCACCGGCGAGAGAUUCGACUCUACGAGAAGUCAAGAUGCAGCGCGAGCUUACGCCCUACCCUCAGACGGCGGGCGAUUAUUUCCGGGUAAAGGGCCAGGAUUGUCUCGGUGUCGACUGGAAGGCCGAAGACACACGCAUUGCAGCAUAUGUCGCCGUGUCUACAUUGACGGGCGGCAUCAACAAGGCCAUGGAUUGGGGCCUCAUGAUGAGAAUCUUUCCAGAGUCCAAGCUGUCCAACCUGCGCAGGUUCUGGUCUAUGAUCAAAAAGGAGCGUGAGGGAUUCAUCCUUACCUUGACCGCGAGAUUCCAGGAAGAGUUUCUCGAGGCCUACGAGAACGGUGACUUGCCUCCCUUCGACUUUGACAACCCUCUAGACUAUGAAUGGCCACGCCUUGUCAAAUGGACCCUCGCAUUAGUGGUCAGAGAGGGCAUCGACCUGCCAGCGGCCCGGGAGCAGUUCGACGAGGAGCUUGACCUGAUCUUUGUGGACAAGGCUGACUUUGACUGGCGCGAGACGUACCAUAAUUGGCAGAGAUCUGUCUUCAACAAGUUCCAGGACAGCACCUCGGAGCCUGCAUCGGCAAGAUUUGAGCCGAAUAGACACAGGAUGGAGGACAACGACGCCAUCAUCGCACGGUCUUGGGUCCGCGCCCUCUGCUGCACCGAUGCGGACCAGUACACACCAUACCAGAUCAGAGACAAAUUCCUUGCCCUCUCUCGCAACGGCCAUCGCAGCGAACAAGAGGUCAGCAACCUCCUCGAGACGACCAUCUUCGACCUCGAACAUCGACGCAUCGCCAUCAAACAGAAAUCCAGCGCGCUUGCCACGGGCCGUCCGUAUAAGCUCAACGAGCACUUCUGCCGCACGCUGGACCGCUACUCGAACGAAGACAAGUUCACGGUGGCGGCCGAGUUCAAGCUCAAGCUGGACAGGGCCUUCCGCAAGGGCGAGCCAGUCGAAAUCCCAUGGCGCACCGAGGACGGCAUGAUCGUUGCAGCUCUCAACAUGCAGGCACACGGGCGCGUGCGCAUCGAACCGGUCCGCAAGCUCGACAUCCCCUUCGGCUUCAGGCCAGGCUUCUACGAGUCCCGUAAAUUUCCCAAGAGCUACUACCGCUUCGAUCUGCAGAUCGUGCCGACGCCGAAUUAUCUGUAUAACGAGGACAUCGGCAUCUUGCCACGUGCUACCAGGCCCGACAACAUCCCCCUCGGGACCGAGGACGGCAAGCUGCCCAUGUGGUGCGACUUCUUCGGCCGGCCCGACCGCAAUCGGUGGUUCAAGAUGCUCGGAAGUGUGCUGUUUGUCCUGGCCACCCGCGGCGCCAUGACAGACGAGUUUGCCGCUUCGGCGCUCAAGCCGUGUCUUGAGGAGUUCGAAGUUGAGACGGUGCGGAAGUGGGGGUUGAAAGAGGGACUGCUGACGGAGAUGACGGUGCCUGGUGGCGCGGUUACCGUGACGGAAUGGUGGUGGCUCGUCCUCGGCGUCCCCAUGCUUGAGAUGAGUACCACCGCUGUGCCAGAGGCGAGUGGGGAUGGUGGUCGUCGCACCAAGGAUCAGUAUGCGGAAUGGGCUUCAGGUCGGUCCAGGCGGCGGGGCAAGUAUCGCGUGAUUCAUUAA